AUGAGCAGCACCCCCAGGAAGAGCAGCAGCACGAGCAGAAGCAGCAUGAGGAGCAGCAGCAGCAACAGCAGCAGCAACAACAGCAGCAGCAGCAGCAGACCUGCCGUCCCUCAAUUGCUGCAGCAGCAGCAGCAGCAACAGCAACAGCAGCAGCAGCAGUGGCAGCAGCAGCAGCAGCAGCAACAGCAACAACAACAGGAGGAGAAGACCGUGCAGCCUAAUCAGCAGCAGGAAAGAAGGCAGAAAGAACAGCAAGCGCAGCAGCACAAGCAGCAGCAGCAGCAGCAGCAGCAGCAGCAGCAGGUGUACGUACACCCGAGACCCCACACUCACCCUUCGAAAGAAAGACAGCCUCUUUGCCUCCAUCUCUUGCAGACAAAUGACAGAAGGCAGGUGCAGCAGCAACUCUGCUAA